UAACCUUUCUGACCGUGGUUCCUAAGGCUCCCAAAAGGACUAUUCUCUUAAGAACCCGGGUAGUUCCGCUUCCGGCAGCGCCAGAUAAAUCUCGAGAGGAAGCUUAAAUCCUGUCGUUUGAAUUUAGGACCACCUCGGUUCACAAUGGUCCGUAGUGGAAAAAAUGGUGAUCUUCAUCUUAAACAGAUUGCAUAUUACAGACGAACUGGUGAAUAUCAUCCAACUACACUGCCAAGUGAGAGAAGUGGCAUAAGAAGAGCAGCAAAAAAAUUUGUCUUCAAAGAAAAAAAGCUGUUUUAUGUUGGAAAAGACAGAAAACAAAAUCGUUUGGUAAUUGUUUCAGAAGAGGAAAAAAAGAAAGUCUUAAGAGAAUGCCAUGAAAAUGACAGUGGAGCUCAUCAUGGUAUAUCCAGGACCCUCACUCUGGUAGAAUCCAAUUAUUAUUGGACAUCUGUGACCAAUGAUGUCAAACAGUGGGUAUACGCUUGUCAGCAUUGCCAAGUAGCAAAAAAUACAGUUAUUGUAGCACCGAAACAACAUCUUCUCAAGGUGGACAAUCCAUGGAGUUUAGUUACUGUUGAUCUGAUGGGGCCUUUUCAUACAAGCAACAGAAGUCAUGUGUAUGCUAUAAUCAUGACAGAUUUGUUCACCAAAUGGGUUAUGAUUUUGCCUCUAUGUGAUGUUUCAGCAUCAGAAGUUUCUAAAGCUAUUAUCAAUAUAUUUUUCUUAUAUGGACCUCCUCAGAAAAUAAUAAUGGACCAAAGAGAUGAAUUCAUUCAGCAGAUCAAUGUUGAACUGUACAGAUUGUUUGGCAUAAAGCAAAUUAUAAUUUCUCCUGCCUCUGGAACUGUUAAUCCAACAGAAAGUACACCUAGCACAAUCAAAACGUUUCUCUCCAGACACUGUGCUGACCACCCAAACAAUUGGGAUGAUCACCUAUCAGCUGUUUCAUUUGCCUUCAAUGUAACUCACGUGGAGCCUACAAAAAACACACCAUAUUUUCAAAUGUUUAAUCGAAAUCCCUAUAUGCCUGAGACUUCAGAUAGUCUUCAUGAAGUGGAUGGUGAUAAUACAAGUAUGUUUGCCAAAAUUCUAGAUGCAAUUAAAGAAGCCGAUAAAAUAAUGGAGAAUAAGACAACUUCAAUGAGCCAGAUGGAGAACAACAAUUUGGAUGAACUAAAUAAAAGCAAGAUCAUUGUUAAAAAGAAACCAAAGCAAUUAAAUCCAUUUCACUUAAAAGUGGGUCAUGAAGUUUUAAGACAAAGGAAAAAUUGGUGGAAGGAUGGUCGUUUUCAGUCUGAAUGGGUUGGUCCUUGUGUCAUAGACUAUAUUACAGAAAGUGGAUGUGCUGUCCUGAGAGACAACACUGGGGCUAGACUGAAAAGACCUAUCAAAAUGUCUCACCUUAAGCCCUACAUAAGAGAAUCCAGUGAACAAGAAAGUCUAUAUCUCUUGCACGGUUCAGUAGUGGCAGAUCAUGACUACAUUGGAUUGCCUGAAAUUCCGGUUGGAGCAUACCAAGCAAAUAUUCUGGUGGAAGAUGCAACUAUUGGUAUAGUUGAUAAUGAAUUACUGACAUCAAGCAAGGAUCGUGAACUAUUAGAAUAUAGAAAUACGAAAAUCUCUCCAUUGAUAGACGAUCAUAGUACUCUUGAAAAGCAGACUUUCAGUCUGUUGGAUUCCUCAAACCAGGUUCUUGAAUACUUAAGUUAGUAAAUACCAAAAUUUAUUUAAAGUGCUUGUUUAGAAUGUAUAAACUCUUAAUGAUAUCUUAUUCAUUAAAAACGGUUGUAUAGAAGAAGUAUCUUGACACAUUCUUAAUGACUAAAUUCAGAAGGUUUAUUUUAUAGUUAUUUAUUUAUUUAAAAUUGUGACACAUUUGAAUAUCCUUAUACAUCUAUAUGAAGGCAAAGAAAGCAUGUAAUAUAUAGAAUUCACUUUUUCUUCUAAAAAGAGAAUGGACAAAGCACCUCCACUUCAUAGGAAGUAGAUUCUAGCUCAGAUCUCUCAAAUCUUUGUAUGGCUUUGGUACCAUUUCUCAGUUUUAAAUUUUCUGAAAUUCUCUACCUUUUCAACAAUAUGUUUGAACUACUUUGAAUGGGAUUGAUAAGUAUUGAACCAACUGUAACAAUGAAUGAAAUGAAACUUCUUUUGGUUUUGUUAGAACUUCUAAAAACAAGAUUGUAUGAAAAAUAUAGGGUUAUUUAAUGGGCUUUUGCAAGAUAUUGGUCAUAUCAAAUUAUCUAAUUGGUUAGAUAGGGUCAGGAUUAGGGUCUGAAACUAUGUAUUGGUUGGAAAACAUUUGUUCAUUUUCCUACUAUAUAUUAAAGAGGAAAGCAUCAGCCUGGUAUGGUGGCUCAUACCUAUAAAUCUCAGGACUUUAGGAGGCCAAGACAGGACGACCACUUGACCCCAGAAGCUCGAGACCAGUCAGAGCAACAUAGGGAGACUCCAUUUCUACAAAAAAUUUUUAAACAUUAGUCAGGUGUGGUGGCACAUGCCUGUGAUCCCAGCUACUCAGGAGGAGCAUUCCUUGACUCAGGAGGUUAAGGUUGCAGUGAGAUGUGCUCAUGCCACAGCACUCCAGCCUGAGUGACAGGGUGAGUCUGGUCUCAACAACAACAACAAAAAUAUCUGUGAAGAUUUUUUCUGUAAUCAUAAAAAAUAAUCCUGAUAAAAUAACCAGUAUCAAAGAUUUUAAACUGUAAUUUAUGUGAUAUUCACAACUUUGUUCAAUAAAUAUUUAUUAUAAGUACUAUGAAAAGAACUGUGGGAAAAGUAAAAGAUGAGUCAAAUGUGUACCUCAUUUUUAUAAAGGACUUACUGUCUGGUAGUAACAGACUAGGUAAGCCAUGUACAACACAAGUUAAGACAUGCUAAAUUGCAGAAGACAGGUAUAAAUAAUGUACUUAGGGAGGGAAAAAAAGAGAGUUGUUUUUAGAUAGGAAAUUUGUGUUUAUCCUUACGGAAGAUGGAUCAUUUAAGCUUGACCUUGAAGAAUGUUUAUGGUUUAGUGAAUAGAUGCAAAUCAAUUGGAGAGAAGUAAUACACAGAGAUGAAAAUGAUUCAUGAAAGAGCAGGGCGUCUUGUUGUCUACACUGCCUCAGGUAUAAAGUAAAGAAACAAGGUAAUGAGGGAUAAAGCUGAAAAGGUAAGUAGGAAACCUUAUGGAGAGCUUUUAAUACUAUUAAGGAUUCAUAUGUGUCCCUCCCAAAAUUUGUGUUGAAGUCCUAACCCCUACCACCUCAAAAUCUGACUUUAUUUCGAAAUGAGGUUGUUGCAGGAUCAACAAAAUGAGGAUCUUAAUUAGUUAAGAUAAGAUCAUCUUUCAGUAGGGUGGGCUCUAAUACAGUGUUACUGGUGUUCUGAUAAAAGGAGGAAAUUUGAACACAGACUCAAGGAGAAUACCAUGUGAAGAUAAAGGCAGAGUUUAAGAUGAGCUAAGAAAUGGCAAAGAUGCCAGAAAACCACCAGAAGUUAGGGGAUAGGCAUUGAAUACAUUUUUCCUCAGUCCUCAGAAGAACAACCUUGUCAAUACUUUAUCUCAGACUUUUGCCUCCAGAACUGUAAGACAAUAAAAUUCUGUUGUUUCCGCCA